UGUAUUCUGUUCAAAACAAGUUCAAAAUUCUAUAUAGCACGUACUAGUACUCAGUUAAAAUUUACAAAAACCGACUCGAAACAAGUGUUUAUAUAAGAAACCAUCUCUUAGUUAGCGCAAUAUUUACAAUAAGUAUACUAAAUCGACGGUAUAAACCCCUUUUAGAGGGUUUUCGAAUCAAAUAAUUAGUAAUACAGUUACUCCUUUGUCCAGUGUUGUGUUCAAGUUAGCGACGUUGCCGCUCUUCGUAUGUGAAACUUUUUCGUCUUGCCUUUUUUUAGUAAUUAAAACCAUUUCUAGUUUCUGUAAAGAAAUUUUAAGGAAAAAACAUUAGCAAGUUAUGUACAAGUGCUUUGAAAUGUUUGAUUCUGAACAUUAUUUAUUUUCUGACGCAAUAACGGUUUGGCAACAGCGCACGGAGUCGGACUGAAUCAAGCUAUUCCAAAUGUAUUAGAAAAGUAAUAGAAACUUUUCAGACACAUCUCUCAUUGCUUUAUGAGGUACUAGGGCCUUCGCGCCCGGUCGCUCAAUACCGUCGGGUCUGCGCGACGAGCUGUGGGGGGAUCGGCGCGGGCAAUACACAAGGACACUUGGCCGCUUGCUCCGGCGCUAGCUAGGUGCCGAUUCACCCUCCGCUCGCGGCGAAGCCCGAUCAUGUUGAGGUCGGGCGCGAGACACCCGGAUGCUGACGAAGGAGCGUCCACGUCAGGCGGGCGCGACUGUCGCGCGCGACAGCUGCACGCGACACUCGCCGAGUACCUGCAGCUGGAGCACAAGUUCCAGCCCAAGCUGUGUCUGCCCACUGACGGAAAGAAUGGCGAGGUGACGACGGGCGCACGGGACGGCGCGGCACACGUGCUCCGCUGUCUCAAGGUGUGGUUCGACUUACCCGCCGACGUGCUCAUCAGUGCUAUCAACCUCUUCGACCGUUUCCUAACAAAAAUGAAGGUGCGGCCGUGCCACGUGCCGUGUAUCACGGUGUCUUGCAUGAACAUCGCGAUGGACGAGCACGCAGCCGUCUCGAAGCAACCCCGCAGCGUCACCGUUGAGGAACUGGUGUCGGUGUCGCAAUCCGCGUGCACGGCGGGCGACGUGGCUCGCAUGUCGCGCGUCAUCGCCGACAAGCUGUCGCUGGCGGAGCGCUGUUCCGUCACUGCGCUGCACUGGCUUCGUCUGCUACGCGCUCUCGUCACCAGCGCUGCCGCCGAGCUGCAGUUGAGCGCACUCGCGUUGCCGGAGAGCGAGCUGGUCAACCUCCUGGAGAUAGCUGUUUGCGAUGCAGGCUGUGUGAACUCCAGGACCAGUGAACUGGCGUUGGUUUUGGUUUACAAUCAGCUAGAGAAAGAGUUGGUUGAGACAAGCCGAUUGGCGGCGGACGGCGCGGGCGAUGCGCAGGCGGUGCCGGAGGAAGCGUACUACCUUUACGAGUUCGCUGCGCAGUUACAAGCGCACUGUCACAUGAGUGACGCCUCUCUCUUGAGCACAAGGAACUUGGUGCGUGCGGUGGUAUCCCGUUACGAAGCGAGGCAGGCUGCCCCUCAGCGACAGCGCUUGGUGUGGAGACUGUCCGAGCGCACGCUCAAGGUGCUACGUCCAACGGACCGUCUGACGUCACUGCUCCCUACUAUCGAGGAGCAACAUUUCGCCGUCGACACAACACCCAAACGAACCAGAUCGGGAAGCGAAAGCAGCGAGAGCGAAGAGACCUCGGACUGGCCUAGAAGCCCUGUUCUGCCCGUCUACUGCGACAACUGAAACGCGAAUAUACCGCAAAGUUUACUAAAAACUACCAAAUGUCUGUUACAUAAAAGAAGGGAGGAGUCCGGUAAAGAUAUCUUGACCAAUGCCUGCUCGGAAAAAGUUAGGCUGUAAAUAUAAUUUUGGCUCAACACGUCAUGAUCGUUGCCUGUUUGUGUCAAUAUAAAAAGAUUAGCAGUAAAAAAAAAAAAAUAGGCUGAUUAAUAUCAAAACUUUCCUUACAUUUUUUUGUAAGAUCGUAAUCUUUGUAAUAACUUUAAAAAAAGGGCUGUGUUUUACAUCACUUAGCUAAACUCUCUUAUUGACAUGCGAUUUAGCUGAAAUAUUUAAAAACAAAACACAAAUGAAUAAUUUUAAUAAUAAUUAAAAAAUAAAGUAAAUACAAUAAGCUAGAUAAAUAUAUUGUUGAUUGUGGAAAUGUCGGCAAAUUUACUUUCUUUACUAGCAAUACUAACUACUAAAAAGUUUUGAUAACUUUCGGAUAUGUUGCCGAUAUUUAUACCUAACAAGGCUGUAAAAUACGUGACCUUCGCCUUAUAGGACAACUUAAAGAAAUAAACUGGUAGCUAUUCCUGUGACUUCGCGCGUUCGGAUAAUUUGACAUAAUAAUUAGAUAAUAGACAAAUCUUGGCACGUUUAUCAUUAACAAUCUAAUUAUUAUUAUUCUUUAUUUAAUAAUAAACAUUUUUCUCAAAUAUUUGCAAGUUUUAUUACCUAAAACUGUUUGCCAUAAUAUGUUUAAUAUUUUUUUGAUAAAUGCACAAAGGCAAUAUGUUUACCCACUACUUUGCCGUUAUCUAAUUAUUAUUGGUCGUAAUUAAUGUAGUAUCGAUGAAGUAGAUUUUAUGUUGUGAUCCAGCUUUUGAAUUGAGUCAAAAUCACGUGAUCCGCAAUCUAUGGGAACCAAACUACGUUUACAAAUAGUAAAAAUUUGAAAGAAUGUGGGACAAAAAGCGAAAAAUGAGUGACUUAUGCAUUUAUAUUUUUACAGUUUUAAAACGAAUGAGGCAAAAGAAAAAUGAAUAAUUUAUGCAUUUAUAUUUUUAACAUUAUAGUAAUAAUAUUUUUGAAUAGGCCUGAAUUUGGAGGAUUAAAUAGCGAAAUAAGAAAAUGAGAGUAUAACAUUUUUUAUCAAGGAGUACGUAAAUGUUAUACCCUCCAGAAAAUUAAGCUUAAAAAUAGAAUUUAAUAGAUUAGUUUUUUCUAAUAAACAGGCGUGCAAUUCCCAUUUCUGUGUUCGAAUAUUUUUUUUAAACUGCGCAAGUUUUCUUUAUGACAUCCGAUUUUCAUACGAUUUUUUUUUUGUUAUUUGCAAACGUAGUUUAGAGUUGUAAGUUGAGGUUUUGGUGUGUUAUAUCGGAAUUCAAAGAGGUUGGAGUAUUUUUAUUUAAGGUUUUAGUUUUUAUUUAAAAAAAAAUUUAAAUCGAACGAGGGCAGUGCUUAUUUCCAGCCUAUUUUAUCAGUAACGGAGCUUUAUUAUUUGUAAUUUUAACUUUUUAAGCGAAUAAUAUGAAUAACGACUAAAGUGCGUAUGACGGGUUUCGAAUAGUGGCAAUAAAAUUACCAAAAAAAUUAUAUAACAAUUUUUCGAAGAAAUUAAAAUUUUAUUAUUUGAGUACUUACCCAAUUUUGCAUAAAAUUGCUAAACCUACAGUACUAAAUUAAACUACCAUUUUUUUCUCUGAGAUUUACUUUAACCAAUGUGGCAAUUAUAUAAGCUAAAAGAUAGAAAAUAAAGAACAUCAUAAAAAAAAAGAUAUCUAACGUUUCCGAAAGUAGCGAA